AUGUACUCGCUGCUGCUCCUCACAGUAGUUGUUACUGUCCUCCUUCAGCCGACGGCAGCAUCAAGCCCACUUGUGGACUUCAGCAUGUCUGACACUCCUAUCGACGGGUCCUACGGCGACAUUGACGACAUGCUGUGCGAGCUCUGCUGCCUGCCUUUCUUCCAAUGCAUUCACGCCAUACCACAAGUCCAGUAUGUCGCCGCAAGAACGUUCUACAAUGACCCCGGUCUCUUCAACAUGCCAUCGCUCGACCUCGAACAGACGCCAGCAGACCUGGCACCGGUAUACGAAUACGUCAACGCGGGUCAUGGGCAGCCCUUGAUCAACGACUACAUGCAAAUCAUGGACGGGAACGAGACGACGGUGCAGCCAGCUACCGUACAAGCUCAUGUGGAAGACAUCUAUACGCCCGGUGAUCGGUUAUCUGCACGACGCAGCCGCAACCGCAAGCCAGUACAAAAGCGGCAGGCGCCUCGACCCGGUGGGUUUCCUUGCAACACGGAAGGAUGCGACAGGGCGUUUGACCGUCAAUGUGACCUAAAGUAA